UUUGCCACAGAAACCAGCCAGUUGUCCGUAGUCAGGUUGAAGUAAGUGUGUGGUUGCGCUGUGCGAUUGUCUUCUGUUUUUAAUUACGUUUAGAAAUGGCGUGAUUUUUACCGCUUAAAAAUUUGUGGCUUUAUGUUCGUGUAAUUUAACAGAAAGGAAUAUACUACGGGAAUACAGAUUGCAUUUCUGUGAUUUAUGUUUAAUGGUAAAGGAAUGGUUUGUUUUUGUUUUGGAAGGAAUCCUACAACACUGUGUGUGCGCGCGAGUUGGCCUGAAAUGUUUUCUAAAAGUGAUUUAUAAACGUGAACGUGUGUGUUCCUCAGAAGAAGCAGAAACGGGAAGGGUCAGUGUCGUUUUGUACUGAUAUCUAUUUUAAGACCAUCAGAAUUGUGUGUAUUUUCUAAGUGUUGUAUAACGGAAGUUUCCUAUACGUUUGUGACUUCGUGAAACAGAUGAUUGUGUGGAGCACCAAUGGGUCUCUUUGUAAUUGGUGGAGAAGAUGACAAUGAAACUACAAACGUGACGAAGCAAUUUCAACGAAUGAGAAAUACUUCCAGCAGCUGAAGAGGAAUUAUACAAAAAGUGAGAAUGAGGGAUAAGGUACAGAAAGCUGUCUUUUGAAGAGGACCUUGGAGUUUCUGUUGUGAUCUCAGACGAAUGACCACGUACACGAAAAUAAAAAAAGAAUAUGGUAAAUUAGAAUGACCAAAGAGAGACCAAAGCUUACAAAAGAAGACAGGAGAAGAAGAAUAAGUUGGAACUAAGUGUGCGUGAGUUUGUGGUUGUGUACACUUUCGUAGAGAUUUUUCUUUUUAUAGUUUCCCAAUUUAAAUUCAGACAUACAAUUUUUUUUCGAAGUAGGUGAGAAACAUUUAUUUCGUAAUCAGAAGAAACGAAUAAGACGCUGUUAUUUUCACAACGGAGUUUUUUUUUUGAGAAUAACAGGAUUAAAAAAAGAGGGGAGGAUACGUCAUGGUACAGUCUCUGCUUCGUGCUUAGCUGAAGGGGGCUCCUAGCUUUUACCAGUAACAACACGCAGUGACGGAUUUAGAGUUUUUCUGCUACACUUGUCAAGGGUCAACCGAAUGCGUGUCCCACCACCAAAGACUGAGCCUCCAUGUAAAAGAUGCUGACAUCUGACCCACCGCUGACAUCUGUAGUCACGUGAUAACGCUUGUGACCUCCACAGUGGAGCCAACGUGAUAAACAUCGAUCAUCGACUUAAAGCUGAUUGUCUGGUGGAGGCUGGCUACUGAAGAAGUCUAUUUUGAGAUUCCACUCGGAGGGGAGAAGAUCUCUUGUCAGUCUGUCCGUCGGGUCGAACACUGGCCUUCGGUGGACAGAAAGUUGGCAAGGGUGAUAUCGGCGCAAUGAGAGUGAGCAAUGUCCAGGUAUCCCCGCUACACGAGCAGCACCGAGCCGCCUGCGACAGGGCAUCGACAACUCAGGAACCCCUGGAUAUCGGAACAACAACAACAGCUGGAAUGCCGCGAGUCUCAGUCCACCAACAGCUCGUCCAGCAGUCGGACCUAUCACCAACAUCAGCAACACCGCGGUCCUGGACCGCCUUCCUCGUUAUGGCUGACACACGGUCAUCCGGAGCCUCCGGGAGCCAUGAUAUCUUACAACCACCAGCAACUCCGCAGUGGAGGACACUUUCAGCCCGCGGACCAAGUAGAAGCUCUUGUGGAAGGCCCUCAUUCAUCGGGGCCCGCAAACCCGCUACUGGUUCACGCCUCAGGCACCGCGGCGAUCACCAAGUCUCAACACUACUCGUCGUCCUCGAGGGCGCCCUCAGACAGGGAUCGUCCUGUGACUCCAGCAAGCUCCCCGGGCGGCGGAAGUGGUGGCGCGGUCGAUGGGUGUGGCGGUCACUGCGUAGCCUUCGAGAACUUCUGCUACUAUUGCCUUCAGGUGAUCUUCAUCGCCGGUAUCCUGACCGGGGUGUCCCUUACCAUCGCCGGCGGAGUUCUGCGAAGCCAGUCGCGCGGUGGUGACCUACUGGUGCUGGUGUACAUCGGGUGCAUGAUAGCCAUGGUGUGCACCCUGCUACUCUCCGUCCAGUGCUGUGUUCGUCGCAAUGUGAAACGCAGAAAACGAGCUCUUCGGACGACCAGAGAACAGCGAAACGCUGUCACCAUCGGCGGAGGCAAUCGGCGUAGCAACCCAUCGCACGGCGACGUAAUUCCUCUGCAGGACCUUACGGGGAACACGCCACACCAACAGCAGAGGAUCCCCCCCAGUCAACACCAGUACCAGCCGUUGUUGGUGCGCCUGGUACAACAGCAGACGACCUCGAUGGACAACCAAAGACGCAGCGGGAACAUGACGCACCUUCCCUAUUCCCUGCAGCCGAGUUUCAGGUCUGGGAAUGCAGCGUCAGCUGUGAACAGGUUGGAGGUGUCUCAGAGUGGGAUGCCGUGGUGGCGAAGACAGCCAGAACUCGGACCGGGAGUAGCCGAGAGUCGUCACUAAGACCCCUUUAGACUGGAGACGACCGGUGACGUAACCUUACCUCUCAAGAAUAUUGGAAAUUCAGCUGUUGACAAGAGAUUAACAUCCGCACUGUUGCCUUCACUGGGGACGGCUUUAACGUAACGUGUUUUCGACAGAUAUUAAUAUGGUGUGCUGAAUUUCCGUCUCUGAGAGCAGUGCUGAAGGACAGAUCGCUGUUAUAUGAGGUCGCCUCGUUAUUUGCUUCGUCCGUAGUAGGAUCUGCCAUGCGCGUGAUAAGUGACCAGUUUCCAAUGGAAACCAUGCCUGCCUAUUUUUCAUCUUUUCCGCUUAAUUUAACGUAGGCAAUGUUGUGCCGGGCCGUGACGCUGAACGCUCACCCCCCCAGCUAGUGCCGAGGCCAAGAAUGAGAAGGAGC